GAUGAAACCCGGGGAACUCGCACACGAGCCGUUCGCGUGCAGGCUCGGGCUCUAUAAAUAAACCCCGAGGCGCUGGAAACAGGAGCGGAGUGGACGUCAGCUUGGCGAGGAGACAGAAGUCACUUGUGACAUUUGUCAUCGGUAAACUGCUCCGUGGUGUGCCAGGAGAAGAGAAGGCGGGACCCGCUGCACUGGACUGUUUUUUAUUGCUGUGCAUCAUUCUGUUUUUGAUAAAAGUUUUUUUUAUUCGGAUUUGAUUUUAAUUAUAUCCCUGAAGAUGCCAGCCGGUACUUUAGAGAGGACAUCUCCAUCCGCGGUUGCUGCCACACCGGCAAGUGGCGAGUCCACACCCGAAAAACCCCGGACUCUGACAGAGAACAGAAAGUCUUCCAAACCAAUCAUGGAGAAGCGGAGACGUGCGCGCAUCAAUGAGAGUCUAGGUCAGCUGAAGACCCUCAUCCUGGACGCACUCAAGAAAGAUAGCUCCAGACACUCCAAACUGGAGAAGGCGGACAUCCUUGAGAUGACUGUGAAGCACCUCAGGAACCUGCAGCGACUUCAGAUGACUGCUGCUGUGAACGCAGACCCGUCCAUCCUGGGUAAAUACAGAGCCGGCUUCAGCGAGUGUGUAGGAGAGGUCACCCGUUUCCUGUCCACCUGUGAAGGGGUCAACACAGAGGUGAGGACUCGUCUCCUCAGCCACCUGGCAGCCUGCGUGACCCAAAUCAACGCAGUCAACUUCUACUCACCUCACCAUGGUGCGCUGGGACUCGGACAGACCAGCACACAGAGUCCGGCUGCCUCCGCUCCGCAGGUGCCUUGCAAAAGCAGCUCAGCGAUGCACGCCUCCCCGGAGGCGAUGAAGCUGUACGGUGGCUUCCAGGUGGUGCCGACACCGGAUGGACAAUUUGCUUUUCUUGUUCCCAGCGCAGCUCUCAUGCCUCUGAGUGCACAAAACAGCCAUCAUAUGUCACCUGUUGCACCUCCGGUCACCUCAGACUCUGUGUGGAGACCGUGGUAGGAAAUCAGCUUUGGGGAGUGAAAGGACUAUCACACAAUAAAACAUAUUUUUGUACAUUUUGUAAAUGUUUUCUAAACCUUGUUGAGAGUGAUGUUUACACACACUUGUGUUUUUUUAUGGACAUUAGGAGAUUUUCUUGGUCUCUUUGCUCACUGUGAUUUUCUGUUUUUGAUGCAGCAAGAAAAUCCUUGAAAAGCUCUUGAAAAGCACUGUAUUUUUUGAGAUUAAUAAAAUGUUUUUAUGAUGUUUACUAC